CAGAACAUAUUCUUGCCUGAUGAAUCUGGUCAUCAUGACCAUAAUUCACCAUUCGACAUCGAAGAUUAAUAGCAUAUUCAUAAAAGCUUUAUGAUUUGGCAUAAAUGUUGAGAAUUUCUCUAUCUAUAUCAGCCUCUUAUCUACAUAUUAUCAUCACGUACUCUAUCAACGUUGUCUUCGAGACCUCAAACGAGGCAGGUAGUCGGGCACGGACACCCGAAAAAAGGAAACCCGACCCGCUUCGUGCGGACGCCGUCGUGAAUCCAAGUGAGGAGAGGAGUAUUUCGGGAAACCCAAAGAUUGACCGUUGUUACCGUUAUUUUUGGCGGAGGGGAGAUUGCCAGAACAAUUCCUGUGGGCAACAAACGGAACAGCGCCCUCCCUUUUCUCCAACCUUUCUUGGCAAAGCAUUGGGAACCCCUCGUUGCUGUCUUCUUCGUUGUUGAUGCGGUGAUUCCUCCGGCCAACCGGGGCGGCUCUCUCGGACCGCCGUGCUCCCCUUCAAGAUGAACAACCUCAUGACGGAAUCGUUCGAAAGGGUGGUGGGUAGCUACCCAGGAGAGGGAGACAUCGGAUCAGGGAGGUAUUCUACUGAUACCAGAGAUAUGGGGAUGGAAGGUUUCUUCAAAGAGGUUGGAGAAAUAGAUAAGCAGAUCGAGAGAAUUACAGGAUUCUUCAAUAAGCUACAGGCUACCAAUGAAGAAUCCCAGCUUGUAACCAAGGCCUCGGAGAUGAAAGCAAUCAAACAGCGGAUGGAGAAGGACGUCGAAGAAGUCAAAAAGAUUGCUUUGAAGAUCAAAACGAUGUUAGAGCAACUCGACAAAAAUAACAUGAUCAACAGGCAGAAACCGGGAUGCGGCAAAGGGACCGCCGUCGACAGGUCUAGAAUGGGAAUGACUGUGGCUCUGAAGAAGAAGCUAAAAGAGAGAAUGACACAGUUUCAGACUCUGAGGCAGAAUAUCCACGAGGAGUACCGUGAGGUGGUGGAAAGGAGAGUCUUCACAGUGACCGGAACAAGACCGGACGAGGGAAUGGUCGAUCAACUGAUAGAAACUGGGAACAGCGAGCUGAUCUUUGAGAAGGCGAUCCAAGGUCAAGGUCGAGGACAGGUUGUGGACACAUUGGCGGAGAUACAAGAACGGCGCGACACCAUGCUGGAGUUGGAGAAGAAGCUUCUUGAUCUACAGCAGAUGUUCUUGGACAUGUCGGUGCUGGUGGACGCCCAGGGAGACAUGCUGGAUGACAUCGAGGCUCAGGUCACAAAAUCCGUAGACCACAUCGAGAAUGCCACCGCCACACUCCAAGCAGCGAAGAAGACGCAGAAGAACACGAGGAAGUACAUGUGCAUCGCCAUCGUCAUCCUGCUCGUCGUCAUCGUCGUUGCGCUCGGUGGAAUCCUGAAGGAGGCCAAGAAAUCGGUUUAA